AGACCAGCUAAGUGAUAUGGCAAUCACAAUAGAUAUGCUAAACUUUCUUUGUUCACUCUCUCAAGCAUUGUAGUUGGACAUAAACUUUACACUAAACGAGAGAGGGACACGCAUAUUCAUUGGUAUACUUUCUCAAUGGAGAACGCUUUUGCAACCGAGUAUAAUUUAAAACAAAUGAAAAUUGCCAGUCGUUUUAAAGUUAGCACCUAAAUUCGACCAGUAUAGUUCCAUAGAAUGGAUUCGGCUGCGAGAAAUCAACUGAGUGGUGUCAUUUGUAGCUCUGCCAGGUUUGGAGGGGAAGAGGUGUGUUCUUUGUCUCAGAAGUGGGAUGAACACGCAAGAAAUUUGGUCAGAAAGCAGAAACUGAAUCCUUUUUCUGGCCAGUCUUCUGAAAGUUGCCGUCAAGUAUGGGUCAAAGGGACGUCCGAAUACGCACAGCCGGUAGGAAAGACGGCGGAACGUAGAAAGAAGGCAAACAACCACAUCGACCAACAAAUUGAUCUGCUUUGUUACGUCAUCAGGUCCAUGGGCGAACCCGAUGACGUCAGAGGUGGAUUAUCCGUAACAUUCGGAGAUUUGUUUCAAAGAUACACACGAAUAUCAAGUACACUGGUUGGAAUCCUCAUUCGUGCCCGGAAACGCAAUAUUGUUCACUUCGUUGGAGAGAUGCUAUGGCAACGUCGCGACGAUGACGUCAUAAUAACUUUAUUAGACUAUUGACGUCAUGAUAAAUGCAUAACUUUGGCAAUAUUUUAUAGAGUACCGUGGGUGAAGAUGGGACACCUUUAGCACAUAAUAUCCAAAUAUCCUGAUCGUGUUUAAAACAAUUAACAACGGUCCAUGGUAGUCGUGAGGAUACGGUUUUAUAAUUCUUUGAAUGUUCUUUGUUUACUACCAAAUAGGAAAAGAAAAUUGAAUAAAAAGUGUCCCAUCUUACCCCACCUACUAUACUACAAGUACAGAAUAUUUGUGUAAACAUCUAACAUUACCUCAACAGCCGAACACUAAACAACACACUAACUUUUGCUGUAAAAUUGUUUAUAUAUAUAUAUGUAUAUCUUUAUUGAAUUAAGGUUUAAACAUUUUUUAUGGAAAUGGUACAAAAUAUUGCAACCUUUAAAUUUAUGAUGCACACAACAUAACAAUAACAGAAUUGGAAUGAUAUCCAUUAUAUAUGAAAAACACAGGGUUUGUUUAUAAAAAAUCAAAAUAUUGCAACACCUUAAAAUCGCACAGUAACUAAUUAAAACAUUUAUUUAUAGCUGUAUUUUGCUAAACAGGUCGAAUCAGUUAAGUUUUCCAUGUGCAGUCUGAUCUUAUUAUGCUGUUAUUGUGAAUUAAACACUUACACAUUAAUAAACUACACGAAAAAAA